CCUUUCACAUCGAUGCCAAAAUAAAUAAUCGUAAUACUCGGCAGUCCUUGUAACACCCUCCUCCUCUUCCCAAAGGACUGUUGGCUUCCGUCACGAUGCGAUACUCAGUUACAUCGCAAGCCCUCUGUGGCGCCAUGACCGUCUCUGCUUUGGCUGUGCCCAACACGCAAAUGCAGAAGCGCGUCCAACAUGUCGACAUCUCCAGCUUCAAGCACUUUCCUACCGCGGACCCCAAGGUGUUCUUUGACAAGGCUGAUGAUAACAUCCGGCAGUUUUUCAACCAGGGCAUGUUCAAUGAUGGGCCAAUGGAUAAGUUUGGAAAGUGGUUAGAUCGCCCAAUGGCCCGACUUGAGGCCUUUGAGGACAAGCUCGAGCUUCAAUGGGACAACCUAGAAGAAUUCUUCGAGAAAGGGCAGGUCAAGUUCUCACAUAACGAGUUCAAAGAGGACUUUGAGGAGGGGGAUCAUGAUUUCAAGGAUCGUGCCAAGAAUACUCUCAAGAAUAUCGCCGGGAAGCCAGCAACCCGAAACAGGUUUUCGCUCGACAACUGGGGCGACCUCUUCAACUUCCCCGGCAGGGAAACAGACCAACCCACCGAUUCUGAAGACAGUGGCGAGGACACCACGGAAAACACACCCUCCGAACAACCCACGGAGGUUCCCAGUAAUGAUAACCCUCCUCAGAACAAUACCCCUGAGCAGCCCACAACCACUGUUGCUGCUGAUCCUACUACUCCUCCUUCACCUCCACCUCCACCUCCCCCUCCCCCUCCUCCGGCUGGUGGCAACGGUACUCCCGGGGAGCCUCCUCUUGGGGGAGGUAGCAAGGACACGAACAACGGAGCGGCAGCGGGCUGUGAUGCCAGCCACUCCCAUGUGCGUUUCGAAUGGGACAGCUACAGUCGGUCCGACCGCACGGCCUUCGUGCAGGCCAUCAAAUGUCUGCAAAGCAAGCCGUCGGGCGGCAGCCAGUACACAGGGUCCCAGAGCCGGUACGAAGACCUCGUCUCGGUCCACCGCGGCAUGACGGCCAACAUCCACCAGACGGCCAUGUUCCUCGUGUGGCACCGUUACUUCGUGUGGGUGUUCGAGCAGAUGCUCCGCGACGAGUGCGCCUUCGACCGCGCCAUGCCCUGGUGGGACGAGACCAAGCACGCAGGCGCGUUCGCGCAGUCCGACGUUUUCUCGGAUGCCUGGUUUGGCCAUCUCCCUGCAAAGACAUCAGAUGGCCAGGGAACCUGCAUCGAGUCGGGGGAAUUCGCUGGUACUACCCUGCACGUUGGCCCUGGCACUGGGAACUCCGACCACUGCCUCUCCCGCGCGGUCGACGAGUCCCAGACCGCUCAGUGCAACAACGACUUCACCAACAGCUGCUUGGCGAUGGGCUCGUACGACGAGUUCCGCGACUGUUUCGAGCUUGGCCCCCACGGCUACGGCCACAACGGCGUCGGCGCCGUCAUGGCAGAGGUCUCGGCCUCGGUGGGCGACCCCAUCUUCUUCAUGCACCACCUCUUCGUCGACCACACGUUCCGCAUCUGGCAGAACGCCAACCCGUCGCGGCGCACGACCAUCAGCGGCUGCGCGGACAAGGCGAGCCCCUGCACGCCCAUCACGCUAGACACGAAGCUGAGCAGCAGCGGUCUGCGCCCGGACGUCACCGUCGGCCAGGCCCUGAAUACCCUCGGCGGCACCUUCUGCUACCGAUACGAUUACUAAAUCACCACAUUGCCGACAGCUAUCUAAACCAUAAUGACAACUAUCACCAGAGGACGGGACAAACAUCCGAACCUCAUGUAUAUUUCGAAAGAGCACUGCGUCGCACAAAUCCUCACGAUAUAAUGAUCUCACCCACACCACACCCCGCAACGCAAGCCGCUCUCAUACAUCACACAGCCACGGCGCACCAUUUCAUUAUCCCUUUCUUCCCGAUCUUAUUCUACUUUAGUUUACUUUACUUCGCUUCUCUUCACAUGUCUAAUUCUACUCCCACCAUUUUUCACACCUUCGUUCACAAGG